CCCCGACGUUUUAAAGUUUUGAAAAGAAGUCUUCCUUUUUUUUCUUUCUAAGUAAAGAUUUUAUUCGACUAAAUGGUGCUCCAACAAGAGAAGACAGAUCAUGAAGAAGAACCUUCCAGCGAUUUCAUUUUCCGAUCCAAACUUCCCGAUAUCUCCAUCCCAAAUCACCUUCCUCUCGCCGAUUACGUCUUUCAGAAAUUCUCCGGCGACGGCGAUGGCGAUUCCACCACCACAUGUCUCAUAGACGGUGCCACCGACCGUAUCUUUACCUACAACGAUGUACAAAUCAUUUCACGACGGAUCGCCGUGGGAAUGCACCGCCUCGGGAUCCGCCACCGUGACACGGUGAUGCUCCUUCUCCCGAACUCACCGGAGUUUGCUCUCUCCUUCCUCGCUGUCGCUUACCUCGGAGCCGUUUCCACCACCGCGAAUCCGUUCUAUACGCAGGCUGAGAUCUCAAAACAGGCAAAAGCCUCCGCCGCAAAGAUGAUCAUUACGAAGCGAUGCCACGUCGAUAAACUAACAAACCUUCAAAACGAUGGCGUUUUAAUCGUUUGCGUUGAAGGCGGAGACGACGACGUUCCGUUAGUCGACGGUUGCGUGAGUUUCACGGAACUGGCUCAAGCGGACGAAACGGAGUUUCCCAAGCCGGAGAUCUCACCUGAGGACACGGUGUCGAUUCCGUACUCCUCCGGAACCACGGGACUUCCAAAGGGAGUGAUGAUUACUCACAAGGGAUUAGUUACAAGCAUCGCUCAGAAAGUCGACGGAGAAAACCCUAAUCUCAACUUCACCGCAGAUGACGUCAUCCUCUGUUUUCUCCCAAUGUUUCACACUUACGCGUUUAACUCGUUGGUACUUUCAGCGAUGAGGACCGGUUCAGCGAUAUUGAUCAUGCUAAGGUUUGAGUUGAAUCUGGUGAUGGAGCUGAUUCAGAGGUACAAAGUCACGGUGGUUCCGGUGGCUCCUCCGGUGGUUUUAGCGUUCGUUAAGUCACAAGAGACGGAAAAAUACGACCUGAGCUCCGUAAGGAUGAUGCUUUCAGGCGCGGCUACGCUCAAGAAGGAGCUCGAAGACGCCGUGCGCCUCAAGUUCCCUAAUGCCGUAUUUGGUCAGGGUUACGGAAUGACUGAGGCAGGAACAGUGGCUAAGUCACUGGCGUUUGCGAAGAACCCAUUCAAAACCAAGUCUGGUGCGUGUGGGACUGUGGUCAGAAACGCCGAGAUGAAAGUGGUCGAUACCAUUAACGGAACCUCCUUACCGCGUAACAAAUCUGGCGAAAUCUGCAUCCGAGGCGAUCAACUCAUGAAAGGGUAUUUGAAUGAUCCAGAAGCUACUGCGCAAACCAUAGAUAAAGACGGAUGGUUACACACAGGGGACAUUGGGUUUGUGGAUGAUGAUGGUGAGAUCUUCAUUGUUGAUCGUUUGAAGGAACUGAUCAAAUUCAAAGGCUAUCAAGUGGCUCCAGCUGAGCUUGAGGCAUUGCUUAUUUCUCAUCCUUAUAUAGAUGAUGCUGCUGUUGUCGCGAUGAAGGAUGAAGUAGCUGAUGAGGUUCCAGUAGCGUUUGUAGUUCGAUCGGAAGGGUCUCAGAUAACUGAAGAUGAUGUCAAGAGUUACGUCAACAAAGAGGUGGUUCACUACAAGCGAAUCAAGAUGGUGUUUUUCAUAGAAGCCAUACCUAAAGCAGUUUCAGGCAAGAUUUUAAGGAAGGAACUCCGAGCUAAAUUGGAAACCGAGUACCUUAAAUAGACACAAGAGAGUUUGGAAUGCAUGUGUUAGCUCGAAGAUUGAAGUCUUUAAAAAGUAAGUAAGAAGCAGGGAAGUUAUUAAGACUGAUCUAAGAGAUAGUCAGCAAAUGUGCAAUGGCUUAGAGACUUGAUUAAUCAAAUGAGUUUCUUGAUGUAUAGAUAUUUUGUUCAUCCAACAAAAUGCAUAUGCAAAUUUGAAUCCAUAUAAUAAUAUAUGC